UAAAACCUCUUUCCGUUUCUUCACUUCACUCCUUUAAUUCUUCUUCUCCUCCUCUCUCCCAGCAGCUUCUGUAUAGUAUUUCUGCUCUCAUUGAUUAAUUUGUGUCUUUGUCUCUAAUCCUAUCACAAGAGAAAGAUAAAAGUGAUUGGUUUGAGGCGUCGUUGUUGAAAUGAUCUGGGGAAUUAUUCGACGCAAACUCGCGUCGUGUAAACGGUCUCAGUCAGUCUCGCGAAUUAAGCAUCCGGCGAUGAGGGCGAGAGGUUACGGCCAAAACGAGCUUCUGAGCAAUGGUAAGGGGUGUAGGCAUGCCGUCGGCAGCUUUAGUUAUUGCACUACCUUAGGGAGCCAAUGUUGUCGUGCAUAUUCGAAUAAGCCGAGGAGGGAAAUUACUGCAAUACUUCGACCAGAAUAUUUUAUUCCAUUGAGGAGCAGAUCAUUUUCUUCAUAUGCUGGAGAUCUAGUUGAUGCAAUUGUCCCUUUCAUGGGUGAAUCUAUUACUGAUGGCACCUUGUUGAGCAGAUUCUGGUGACAGGGUUGAAGUUGG